AUGGCCAAGAGGGAGAGGGCGGCGUGGGAGGUGGAGACGGGCGCCGCGGAGACGGCCCGCCUGCUGGUGCUCCUGGCGCAGGCGCAGCAGCAGCACCUCCUGCAGCAGCACGCCCACCACCACGGGGUCGGGGUGACGCCGUUCCCCGCGGGGCGCGCCGCGCACGGGCGCGUGUUCGAGUGCAAGACGUGCAGCCGGCAGUUCCCCACGUUCCAGGCGCUCGGGGGCCACCGCGCCAGCCACAAGCGCCCGAGGGUGCUCCAGCAGCAGCUGCAGCAGCAGACAAUCGUCGCCGAUCACACGGGGCUCUGCCUCGGGCGCCAGCCGCUGCAGCUGCAGCUGCCGCCGCCGCCGCCGCCGCCGCAGCCGGCCAAGCCGAAGGUGCACGAGUGCCCCGUCUGCGGGCUGGAGUUCGCCAUCGGCCAGGCGCUCGGCGGCCACAUGCGCCGGCACCGCGCCGAGCCCGAGGCCGACGCCGACGCCGAGGCGCCCAGCAAGGUGAUGCGCCCACCGCCCGACAAGGCCUGCGACGUCGCCGGUGGGAUCUGCCUGGACCUCAACCUCACGCCGUCGGAGAACUGCGCCAAGUGCCGGAGCGUGGUGGUGCUAGGCGCCGCCGGGCAGGGUGUACAUAAGACGCUCGCCAUGUUAGAUUGCUCGCUCUAG